AUGCAAUCCGCACAAACCGAAAAUGCUAUACGCAGUUGUGUGAGUCCUUCUCCCAAUCGUGUUAACCGUAAGCGACCGCGACUUGCGGUUCUUUCGAAUCCCAUGGAGCGACAAUUAUACCAUUUGAUAAUUCAACAAUUACACCAUGAUGGCUAUUUAGCAGCAGCGUCGGCAGUGUCAGAUGCGACAGGCACUGUCGUGGCGGAUGUGGAUCAGAAUGGGGAGCGACUUCGGCGGCUAGUGGCUAAAGGACUCAGUACUGAGCUGUCUCAACAGCGUGAUAUACAAUCCUUCUCAUUAGAACAGGUUGUGGAGCGAUAUAUUAGUGCUGCUAAAGUCUAUGCACCAUUACAGCUGUCCCAGAGUUGGUCACUCGGUCGUCGUUGUUUUAAGAUGCAGAAUCGUUUUACGUCUGCUUCUGUUAGUAGCGUGCUUCGUGAUAUUUCUUUCUCUCCAGACGGGUCGUUGGUGGCAUGUUCAGGAACUAACGGGCUAGCGGCGAUCUUUUCUUUGAUGACUAUCGAUGAUUUGACUACAUUGGAUGAUCUCAGGGCUUCUAAUAAUCUUAGAGGCGUUCAUGGCAACUGUAAGAAUACUAAUGGUGUACGCAGCACCAAUGAGGUUACAGAGCUUGCGAUAGCUCGACGGUUCCGUGACCAUGCACAGCACUCCGUUGAGGUCAUCCGCUUUCAUCCAACACGUCCUUUACUUCUGACAGGUGGCCGAGAUGGGGGGAUGUGUCUGCGAAGCUAUGAGUACCCUGACUCGAGUCUGCAGAUCCAAAUCCACGAUAAUUUUCCAGUCCGCGGUUCUGCUUUCCACCCAAGCGGCGAAUAUGCUGUUGUCGUUACUGACCAUCCGGUCCUGCGUCUGAUUAACCUUCGCACUGGUAAGGUUCUCAGUCCACCUGUUAGCGUUAGACAUCCAGGAGCACCUGGCUCUAUAUCUACGGCUUCAGAGCGUGUUAAUGAGAUGUCUGGGACACCUGUAACAUCAAUUUCACAUAGCGCAGGUCUUACAUCUGCUGCUUUUUCUCCCGAUGGCCGGACUCUUGUAACGACAAGCUUGGAUGGCUCUUGGAUAUUGUACGAUGGUGUUAGUGGGCGUGCCCUGCAUAAGGCGGAUGCGGCCCACAGCGCAGUUCCCGUUACGAGCGCAGAGUAUAGUCGCACUGGAAACGUGCUUUUGACAGCUGGCAUGGAUUCAACCGCGCGGCUAUGGGAUCUACGCCGUCUCAGCGUUGGUCACACAUCGAUCGUGAUUUCUUCAUCGACACGCGGUGCGGCACGGGACAGUACUGAGUUAAUGUCCUUUGGUGAACCGGCUAAGUGCAAUCAUCGAAGUAUCCAGGCUGUUUUCUCUCACGAUGAAAGCCACAUCCUCUGUCAGGAUAAUACUCUUCUCGUUGUGCAAGGAUACUGCGUAUAUAGCGGGGACAGCUCUUAUGCGUUGGCAACCCAGCCAUCUUUUAUGCAGCGUGCAUUGGCAUGUAGCCCCUUUUCAAAUAUGAUUGUGACUGGAGCUGAUGACUGCAAACUGCGUUUAUGGACUCCUUCGUGGCUUCCCUCUUAG